UAAGACGAUCCAAACCCAAUUCCCAAAAGUCACCAGGGCAAGAGGAGAGCCGUGGCGACGCCGCAUUUGGGCUAAAACAGCUUUACUCUUUCUUCGUUUCUGGCGGGAAGUUGGUAUACAAGUAGAGAGAGGCGAUUGCCAAUGGGAUCGGAAGGUGCUCUUCCCAAAUGGGCGUCUGAGCCAUGCAUCAUGGGCAUCGACGAAGCUGGCCGCGGCCCUGUUCUAGGACCCAUGGUCUAUGGAUGCUUGUAUUGUGCACUCUCAUACCAGAAGACUCUUUCCACUUUGCAAUUUGCAGAUUCAAAAACUUUAAAAGAAGAAAAAAGGGAGGAGCUAUUUGAAAAUUUGAAGGUAGAUGAAUCAAUUGGAUGGGCUGUUGAUGUCAUAGAUCCAAGGGAGCUCUCAGCUAAAAUGUUAAAUAAAAAUAAGAUAAAUCUGAAUGAAAUAUCACAUAAUUCUGCAAUUGGCCUCGUCAGAAAGGUGCUAGACAUGGGGGUUCUUCUAACUGAGGUUUAUGUAGAUACCGUGGGAGAUGCAGAAAAGUACAGAAUUAAAUUGUCCGAAAGAUUUCCAGCUGUCAAAUUUGUGGUUGCAAAAAAAGCUGAUAGUCUUUAUCCAGUUGUAAGUGGUGCAAGCAUUGUUGCGAAGGUAACAAGAGACACAGCCUUGCGGGAUUGGGUGCUUGAUGAAACUGCUGAAAACAUGCAUAGGAACUUUGGAUCUGGGUACCCUGGAGAUCCUGAAACCAAGGCUUGGUUGCAGCAUCACAAACACUCGGUAUUUGGAUUUCCAACAUUGGUCCGCUUCAGCUGGGCCACAUGCACUCCAUACUUCAAAAACAAUGUCGAAGUGUUGUGGGAAUCUGAUAAAAUGGAUGAAGAUGGUUCCACUAGCAAGACUGGCAAGCGGCAAUUGAAAUUAGGCAGUGUUGGUUUCACUGGAUUGAAGAGAAAAAGUGAAGAAAUUGAAUCAAGUGGUAAAGGCCGCUGCAAAUUUUUCCAAGCUCGUAAACUCGAGCAACUCUCUCAUUUCUAAGAAGCAGGUAAUGCCUAAGCACUUUUCUCAAUUGAUUAACGCUUGGAAAAGGUGUCCUGUCAAAGAACAAGCUCGGGAUUAUUGAAAGAUUGUUCCACAUUGUGUCUGGUGGUGCCUGUGGCGUGAGAGGAAUAACAUCGUCUUUAGCUAUUUUAAAAAUUCAUAUUCUACGUUCUCUGUUCUCUUAUGUAAGAGGAAGUGCAUGUUCCUUGAUUGAUGAUUUCUUUGAUCUCUUGGAUUCCAUUGGUCCUUAGACUUUUUUUAUUCUUGUAUUAGGGACACGUUCCCCUUUUGAACGUUUUUCUAAUAUAUUUUUACUUAUCCAAAAAAAAAAAAAAAAAAAGAUUCUAGGGGACCAUAGAUAAGUCAUAAUACUUUCUUGCUUCACAGUUCCUCCUAAUCCACUCCUUUACAUACAAAAGUCGUUUUCUCAGUUACCUUUGGAUCUAUAUUCAAAGCAAGGUCUGGAAGAUUCAACUAAUUUCAAUGAGAGGAAGGAUCCCAUGGCUUUUAGCCUAGGGCUAACACAAGCAGUGUAGUGCCAUGUCUCUGAAGACCGCCCUCCUCUUUCCUAUAGAGUUCAUACAGCCUUGUGGUUUGCAACUUAAUAUAUGGUUCUUGAUAAACGAUUUCUUUCCAAAAGAUGCAGGCCCUACCAUUAGAAAAAGAGAAAAUGAAAGCAAUAAAAUUCAUCUUCAUCUUCAGGCUGCCGCAUUCCAUCAAUUUGAUGCAAUGCUGGGAGAAUAUUGAAGGCACUGGUGAGAGGUAGAAGACUUAGAAGGCACUACUUCUUGGUGAUGGCCAGGGUUGCCCCAGUCAAAGAUGCUAAGGAGUAGCAUAUAACAUUCAUUGUAUGUACGCCUUUCAGAGCAUUAUAGAAUAAUGGAUAUGAAUAAUUCCUCUAUCAUCUAUGUUGAAGAAUUCCUCGGGGUACUUGAAUGGGUGGUGUCUCUGUUCUUUGU